CUGUAGUCCUAUAGUUGAUCGGGCAGCAUGGCGGACAGCAAUGAGCAUUCGGAUUUGAUCGCUCAAUUUUGCGGUGUCACCGGCGCUGACAGCUCCCGGGCCAAGCUAUGUCUCGAGUCCGCGUCGUGGAAUCUCCAGCUGGCGCUCGCCUCGUUCUACGAGGAUCCCGAAGAGAGCAUGGACCAGCAGAGCUCCCCAGAGUUGCCACCCGAGCAGAACAAAAGUCCGAAGCACGUCUCCAUAGCGGCCAACAAGCCAACAGCCAGGUCAUCCGCCAGGAUUCGGGGAUUUUCGGAUCUCACCAACGAUGACAGCGCCAAUGAGGAAGAAGGGCAGGCGUUUUACGCUGGCGGCUCGGAGCGCAGUGGCCAACAGGUCCUCGGACCAGGCAAGAAACCUGACAGCAAGGAGAACUUCGUGGUCGAGAUGUUCAAGGCAGCAAAGAGGCAUGGUGCCCAGGUGCUGGAGCCGGGAAUGGAUGAUGGAGCCCGCCAGGACCGGGGCGGCGGUGCCAGCUGGUUCCAGGGAAUGGGUCACCGGCUGGGCGACACCGCGUCGGGCAGCGAGGCUGUGUCCCCGACAUCCAUGCCGCGCCGGUCAUCCAUCUCACGGGUGCUCAAGAUGUGGCAGGACGGCUUCAGCAUCGACGACGGGCCGCUGCACGCCUACGACGACCCGGGCAGCCAGGCAUUUCUCCAGGCCAUCCGCCAGGGGGAGAUCCCGAGGGAGUUGCUGCAGGAUGCAGAUGGCGCCGAGGUGAACUUGAACAUGGAGGACCACCGGCACGAGCAGUUCGUGGCGCCUCCGCGUGCCAGGGUGAUGGCCUUUGAGGGCACAGGACACCGGCUUGGCUCUGUGACCCCAACGUUGACCCGACCAGUGGUUCCAGAGCUACCGCUGGAACGUACGGAAGCAGAUGCCAAGGCAGCAAUCAGCCUGGACGAAUCCCAGCCCAUGACCAACAUCCAGAUUCGUCUCUCGGAUGGCACGAGGCUGGUGGCCCACAUGAACCACACCCACACGGUAGGGGACAUCCGCAAGUACAUCGUGGUUGCACGGCCUGAGUAUGCAGCAUCGACCUUCAUCCUGUUGACAACGUUCCCGCACCAGGAACUAAUGGAUGAAAAGGCGACGCUGAAGGAUGCGAACCUGCUAAACGCCGUCAUUGUGCAGCGCCUCAAGUGACCACCGACUCUGGUGCUUCAGGUGGAAGCAGGUGUACAGCCCCAUCUGCUCACUGAUGGGGGCCACAAGGAAACAACCAAAAAGACAACAGAGAUACAAACUGUGGCCCACGCAGCCACUGCCUUUAGGUUGCUUUAAUAAAGGUGUCGCGUUUCCACACGUUUCUAAACCCGGUUGCUACUUGCAAGCACAUGUUGACUUCUUUCUGUAAUGUACAAUAAAAAUAAGGAUUUCA